GUGCUUUACAACCUGGCUAUAUCCUAUCCCUAUAGUAAUACAGUUGAUUGCCGGGACCAAGGGCUAGUGGAUUUGUCAAACCCUGAAUAAAACAAUUCAACUUCUUAAGUUUUACUUGUGGAAAUGAUGGUUUAGAAUACAUGUAUUGAACAUUGUUAUAUUUUGCACAUGCAGAUGAUGCGGUGGAAAGUUCGGUGUUCAUGCCUGUCCCUGUGUUCAUCUUGUCUGAACACUGGAAGACACGUAGGCCGCAAAUUGAUGCGAAUACGAGUUAAGCUGCGAAAUCUCGUCCUGAUGACAUUCGUGUGCUUAUCACCACUUAUGUGGUUGUCACUGUUUUUAAAAGAUGAUUGUGAAAAAUAUAAUGAAGUUUUAGAAAAGCGUUUUUCUGAUAUACGAAAUCGCCUUCGUUAUGCCGAGUCACUUAACAGGCAACGAGAAAAUGACCUUUUCAUUCUCAGAAACCAAUUUUUUGACUUGGUAUCAACCAUGCACUCCAAUGGAACAGUCCAACCAAACAGGAUGUUACUAGAUGUCAUGAUGUCGAAUACGAAACAAUAUAUGAGUAGUCUGGUCCACUUCCCUAGUGUGUUGACCCACUUACCUCACCUGACAGGCCACCCAGAGCACAUGAAACCUGCAUUCAACAUUUCGAAAAAUAGACAUGGAGUGUCCAUUGUGAUGGGUGUGCCGACAAUAAAACGUGAAAAGAUCAGCUACUUGACUGAAACUCUGCGCUCGUUAAUUGAUGAACUUAGUGCCGAAGAAAAAGAAGAUUGUCUCAUUGUUCUCUUCAUUGCAGAGCCAUGGGACCUCCAUUAUGUGAAGGAUCUCGGUUACAAAGUCCACAGUCUGUUUCGAGACCACAUCCAGAGCGGUCUGCUAGAAGUGAUUGCUCCACCUGCAGGUUUCUACCCUGAUCUGGAGCACCUCAAGGAGAGUUUUGGAGAUCCCAUUGUCCGGGUCAGGUGGAGAACAAAACAAACUCUUGAUUACUCAUUUUUGAUGCUUCAUGCUCAAAGUCGUGGAUUGUAUUAUGUACAGCUGGAGGAUGAUGUAAUGGCCAAACCUGGAUACCUGUCAGUCAUGAAGUCAUUUGCAUAUCAACAGAAAACAGAUGAUUGGAUGUUGCUGGAGUUCUCUUCUCUUGGAUUUAUAGGAAAGAUGUUCAAAUCCACUGAUCUGUCGUUUGUUGUUGAGUUCUUCCUCAUGUUCCAUGCAGACAAACCCAUCGACUGGCUACUAGAUCACCUGCUCAUGGUCAAAGUCUGUAACCCUGAUAAGGAUCAGAAACACUGUCGUCACAUGACACAUGCAAUCCGCAGAAGAUUUAAGCCAUCCCUGUUUCAACAUAUUGGUGUAACAUCAUCCCUCAAGGGUAAAAUCCAGAGAUUAAAGGACAAAGAUUUUGGAAAGAUGGAACCAGCAACUCUGUCCACCUCACUGUGUGAAUGUGCUGAUGAUUAAUUUAAUUAAGUUCGGUGAAUGUAUGAUAACUAAUUUUAGUGGAAGUGAAUGAAUGAUAACUAAUUUUAAUUUUGGUCAAUGUGUGACUAAUAAUUUUAGUUCCGGUGAAUGUAUAAUGGAUAUUUUUAGUUAGGUGAAAAUGUGAUGAAUCAUUUUACCUCUAAAUGUAUGGAGGAAAAACAUGUCAGUUUUUCAAAUCACGGAGGUAUAUAUUUAUGUUACAUUCCCAAACAAAUACUUAAUUGGAGAGGCAUUUUAUAUUAGCCUACAGCAUGUUUGCGAAUCCACUUUAUUUACUCAAAAGUAUUGUUUAAAAAAAAUACUUAACACAACAUAGUCAAACGGUCAGCUACGCUUCAACAGUCUCUAAUGUUGCUCACAUUAGAAUAUCAUCCAUCCAUCUGUAGUGUAUAGUCCUUUGUCCCAUCCACAAUUCAUUUUAUUACCCAUAUGGUUAAACUUAUCAUGGUACAUAUCAAAGUGAUACGUCCCACUAGAACGCCAAGUGGGACACAACACUUCGACGUCGUCGAUUGGCACACUACAACCUUGCAGGAAUGUCUAACUAAACGAGAUGAGUGAUAUAAAUUAAGAUCGAUUAUGGGUAAUAAAUAGGAUAUUAAACUUGCUACCAUUUCAUGUCAUGUUUAUGUCUCGUGAAAUAAUUUUUACUCUCACUUGCUUAAGCUCGUGACAAAUGAAAAUGAUUUCACUCGGGACAUAAACAUCAUAGAAAACGGAAGCUCAAUUAAUAUCCUGUAAUUACAUGUCUUGUCACCAAACCAUACAUUCAUGUCUCACCAUCCGAUCAUUUGCCUUUGAUGGAAGUACAUCACAAUUAUGAUGUUUGAUGGGAAAUAAAAAAUAAGAUAAAACAAACCACCAGGAGCCUAAUUCACUUAACUCUCGCAACUGUGAUCUCGCAGUGCAAUGCUAAAAGACUUGCAAAGAGGAUGCUUUGUUGUCUAGCAGAGCCUAAGAGAGAUUUCUGAAUUAGGCCUCAGUUCUUUACCAGAAAGUUCAUUAACACCAACUGGUUUUCCUUAGAAUAAUAAUCUUUGCACACUCUUAGGCAAACAUCAUAUAUAUGUAAUAUGCUCAAAUAAAACGUAUACAAAUUUAUCAUAUAAUAUCUUACAUUUCCAGUGCAAUCAAAGUAUGUGAUAUUUUUCAGAUCACACGGUAACACUCCAUAAUUGAUAUAUGCAUUCAGUCGUCAUUCAAAAACAUUUCAAUAACAA